AUGACAGUUCUGACCGAUAGAGUUCCACGUGACCGAGGCAUGUACGUAAGCAUCGCCAAGGUGUUCAUGCUCGCCUUACUCGCUAUUUUUCUCGCCGUCGUUGUCGGCAUUAUCGUGCACUUCGCCGGACCGGGGUCAACAUUCGAGUGCAAAGUAUGUAGCGCAUGCCGCGCCCCAACUCAAACGCCGGAUGCCAGCAAAGCAUCCUCAUCAAGCCCCACCGCCGAGCAGACGCCUGGCUUAAACCCUGGGAGUUUCAUGGGGUCCACUCAGGCGCCAGCCUCGACACAAAAGCCUACUGUGAAGGAUGUACGGAUACCAUUGCACAUGAUUCCUAUAAAGUACACUGUAGAGCUGCAGGUAUGGGUCACGUUCUUCGAAUGCAAGAAUGCAACAGAUAAGAUUUACCUGCACUCCAACAAGCUCAACUACUCAGGACCAUUUAGUGUUACAACUAAAAGUGGCCUUGAGGAUUUGUACGGAAAUCACACAUUUGACCUUGACCGCCAGUUCCUGAUCGUUAUCCUCACCAACAAGUGUGUGCUCAACAAUAACUACACUCUGAAGAUACCGCACUUCCGGGGACCGCUGGUCGCCGACCUGGCUGGCCUGUACCUAAGCUCGUACAAGCGUGGCAACCAAACCAUCCACCUCGCAACGACCCAAAUGCAACCGACAGACGCACGCAAGACGUUCCCGUGCAUGGAUGAGCCAGCAAUCAAGGCGCAGUUUGAGGUGACCCUGGUCCGCAAGAGUCACAUGAUCUCCAUCUCCAACAUGCCGAACAUCUCUCUGGAAUUUAGAGCCGACAAAUGGUUCGCGGACAAGUUCGAAGUAACGCCCAAGAUGUCUACCUACCUACUCGCUUUCAUCAUCUGUGCCUUCCACUACACAGUUGAAAAGACCGAGAACAAUGUCACGUACCGCGCAUAUGCGCGCCAAGAUGCGGUCGAUCAGAUCCCGUUCUCGUUGGCGACUGGCGUUAAAAUCCUGACAUACGUCGAGAAGUAUUUCAACGUUACGUACCCACUACCUAAACAAGAUAUGAUAGCAAUCCCCGACUCCGCUGCGGGCGCCAUGGAGAACUGGGGUCUGAUCACGUACAGGGAGACCGCCAUGCUGUACCAGCCCGGGGUCUCCUCGGCAGGAAGCAAGCAGCGCGUGGCGAUCGUGGUCUCGCAUGAGUUGGCGCACCAGUGGUUCGGUAACCUGGUGACACCCUCCUGGUGGGACGACCUGUCGCUUAACGAGGGUUUCGCCAGCUACAUGGGGUGCAUGGGCGUUGAUCACGUGCAUCAGGACUGGAAGAUGUUUGAACAAUUCGUAGUGGACGACCUGCAAGACGUCUUCAACUUUGACGGCCUAAUUUCUUCUCACCCUGUCUACGUGCCCGUGGCGCACACGGGCGAGAUCAACGAGAUCUUUGACAAAAUCUCAUACGCAAAGGGCGCCUCCAUUAUCCGGAUGAUGCGAUUCUUCCUAGGGGACGACAACUUCCAAAAGGGGCUCACGGAUUACCUUCUUGCGCUGGAGUACGAAGCCGCCUUCCACGAUGACCUCUGGUACGCGCUGGGAAAUGUAAGGAGAUUCGUAUCUGCCUUCAACGUGAAGGAGGUAAUGGACACGUGGGUGCUGCAGAUGAACUACCCCACCGUCAUGGUGUCACACAGCCAGCAGGGGCGGCUAACCCUCACACAGAGUAGAUACCUGCAGGACCCAAACGCAACGGACCCGGGAAAAUACGUCUCGCCUUUCGGGUAUAGGUGGGAGAUCCCCUUCACGUACACCACCAGCUCUCAACCAAGAUUUGAUGUGACAUCUCAAGACAUCACGUGGCUACACAAAAUAGGAAAUGGAAUCGAAGUUGCGAACGUUGAUAUCCCGGCUCCAGGGUCGGGAUGGGUGCUUGGCAACCCGAUGCAGUACGGAUUCUACCGAGUGAAUUACGACAGGAGGAACUGGGAUAUGCUGAUACAGCAGCUUGUGACUAACCACACGGUGAUCCACGCGAUCAACCGCGCGCAGAUCAUCAACGACGCUUGGAGCCUGGCAAAAUCUGGGGACCUGGCGAUGGAGGUGGCAAUCCAGACUACCAACUACCUGGACAAGGAGCGCGAAUACGUUCCAUGGCCGGCCGCCUCCUCGCAACUGUCUUUCGUCAACUCGAUGCUUGCCAGACAUCCGCUUAACGGCUCAUUCAGGAAAUUUGUCCGGAACAAGACUGCGGAUACGUUCAAAGAGCUGACUAUGAACAACACUGGCGCGACCCAACUCGAGUCAUACCUUCGGUCCACCAUUACUGACUUCGCAUGCAAGUAUGGCAUCCAGGAGUGUAUUGACGAGGCCAAGAGGCUGUUCAGGCAAUGGAGGGAUAACCCCGACCAUAACCCGGUGGAUCCAGAUAUCAAAAGCACGGUGUACUGUACGGCGCUGGCCGAGGGGACGCUCGAUGACUGGGAGUUUGCGCUUACGCGAUACCGCAUCGAGAACCUGGCCUCCGAGAAGUCGCUGCUCCUGGCGGCCCUCGCCUGCUCCCGGGAGUCCUGGGUGCUCAGUAGAUACCUGCUGAAGGCGAUAGACCAGAGCAACCUGGCCGACAUCCGGCGCCAGGACGCAGUCUCUGUGAUCCUCUACAUAUCGAACACCGAACACCAUCGGCAGUUUCGGCUCGUUCGGAUUCCCCAAACUGAUCAGUGGACUUACCGCGUCCUUUAACACCGAGUUCGACCUGAGUCAGUUGAAAGCGUUGGUAGACAACAAGAGUGCACUCGGGGCCGGAGCGCGUGCGUUCGACCAAGCGCUCGAGAAGACCCGGAGCAACAUCAAUUGGAUGGUUGCAAAUGUCCCAGUAAUACACAAGUUUUUGGAAAGGAAAAACUUAUAGAAGCAGAGGGUCGUCUAUCAACACCAGGAGUGCUUCAACACCAUAUGUCAUGUACUCCUUUUUUACACGAACCAGUUGCAUUGUUAAUACUGGUUCAAUAAACUCUGAACGUUUUAUUCGUUUGUUAAUACAAUUUAGUCUUUAGAUUUACUGUGCAUAUCUUGUAGUUAUCACGUUUAGUAGUAAUAAGAACAACGCAUUUAUGCAGAACAAAAACACACAACUACAAUCAUUAAGAAAUGAUAUUGUUAGAUUAUAUCGGAAUAUUGGUGAAUAUGUGUGUGAUGAGUAUUUAAUAUGUUUAAAUAAAUCGUUUUCAUAAUUUAAGAAUAUUCACAUGCCGCUGUUUUGCAUGUACUUCCUUUCAAUUGUGCGUAAAAUAUAUAUUAUUGCAUACUACAUUUAUUUAGUACUGUUGAUUCUUUUAAGAGUGUAACAAUCUCUUGUUGUUUUUUUAUUUUAUUUUACUUGAUUAUUAUGGUGUUUUUC